AUGACAACAACAACAGAGGUCAAUAUAAUCUGUUCAGCCGAUGCCGAUUGUCCAGAUAUGUUAUAUUGCUCAACCAAGGGUCUAUGUUUGGAUCCGUGCAUAAUGCAAUGUGCACAGUCCAAAAUUUGUAUAGUCCGAGCACAUAGGGUUAUGACAUGUAUAUGUUCACAAGGUUUUAUAGGCACUACCACCCACCAAUGCAUACCUCUGAUGGGUGGUAAACCUACAGAAAUGACAACCAUACGUACAGCGACAGACGCCACCGAAUUGACCACCACUGACCUGACGACCCAAGCAACAACUUUGAAAUAUACUACGGCCGAUAUAGCAAAUCAAACGGAAAUGCGUACGAAAUACACCGAAAUUACCGCUGAGGUGGACACUACACUGUCCUAUGACAGCACAACAAAAGCUACCACAUUCAAAGAUACAACUCUCGAACCGGUAGUGAUUGAAAUAGAUGCAACAACUUCAAAAUAUCUAGAAACUGGAGAAUUGACCACUUCAAAGAUUUUUGUAGAUGAAACCACUGUUGGAAGAGGUGAAGAGACAGUGCAAGGAUCUACUUUUAGAGAAGUGGAAGCAACUACUCCAAAAUUAAUUUCCAUUGAGGGCACAACAUUAGCUAAAGAUUUGGUAGAAGAGACAACAAUGGGCAUUGAUUCAGGCAAGGCUACUGAUAUUACUAUAGAAGUUGAGACAACCACUUCGAAAUCGUUAAUAACAGAGGCCAAAGCUGAAGAAACAGCUACACCAAAAGCUAUUGAAACCACAACUACGAGUAAUAAAUAUGAGGGUACCGAAACUACCUUCUACAAGGAAACAACUGAAGGAGUUGAAACAACAACUUUAGAGAUUUCAAAAACUGAUACUACACUAUCAACUCCUAAAGAAAUGGAAACCACAUCUUCAAAAUUAAGUACAGCGGAAGAAACCACAAUGGCUAUUGAAUUAGUAGAAGGAACUACAUUGAAACCAACUGAAAAAUAUGAUACAACUCCAGCAACAACAAAAGAAAUAGGAACAUCCACUCCAACACUUAUUUCAGUAGAUGAAACGACAUUAUCAAAAGAUUUGUUAGAAGAAACAACAAUGGUGGAGCCAUUAGGGGAAGUUACUGUUACCAUUUCAGGAAAAUAUGAUACAACAAUAGCAAUUCCUAAAGAAAUAGGAACCACAACUCUACAAUUAAGUAUAACUGAAGAAACAACAUUAUCUACAGGUUUAAUAGAUGAAACUACAUUAAGUAGUGAAUCAGUGGCACCAAUUGAACAUACACCUGAAAAACCGUAUACCACAACAAGCAUACCUAAGGAUAUCGCAACAUCAACUCCAAAGAUUAGUUUAGAUGAAGAAACCACACUAUCAAUAGAUAUGACAGAAGAAACUACAAUGCGUACGGAAGCGGUGGAAGAGACCACAUUAUCUCAAGUUAUACCACAAGAAACUACAAUGGGAGCUAUGGAAGCAACGGAAAAAUCUACAUUUAAACCAACUACAAUUCCUAAAGAAAUGGAAACAACUACUUCAAAAUUGAUUUCAGCAGAAGAAACAACGUCAUUCAAAGAUUUGGUAAAGGAAACAACAACAGGUAUUCCUAAAGAAAUAGGAACUACUACACAAAAACUGACAACAAUUGGUAAGGAGGAUUUUGAAACGACCACAUAUAAUGAUAUUGAAACUACUCGGUAUGAAGAAACCACAGGAGUUAAGAAAAUUACUACCGAACUACCAGAAACUUAUACUACAUUGGUGACACCUAAAGAAAUGGAAACUACAACUACUCAGAAAAUGGUCACAGCUGUAAAGGAACAACCGAUAACGGACUACACAACAUCAGAAGCGUCAGCAACAUCUAAAGAUAUGCUCGAAGAUACAACUACCUCAAAACUCAUUGAAAUCACUACUAUGAGUGGAAAACUAGGGGAAACAACUACGUUUGUGAAAGAAAUCGAAACCACUACGCCUAUGAGUAUGAUAGAAAUAGCAACAACGCCAACAAUUGCUGAUACUACGUUAAUGAGGGAAACUUCAACAUAUGGAGGAACAGAAACAACCAUGUUUAGAGAGGAAUCAACAAGACCAGCAAUCCCUGAUAUUACUGCAAUGAAAGAGGAAUCUAUGGAAACUUCUACAUAUAGCGGCAUUGAAACAACCACAUAUAGAGAAAAGGUAGGAGAGGAAAUAUCUCCAAAAUCAUCAAUUCCCGAUACUACUGAAAAGAAAGAAGAAUCUAUAGAAACUUCUACCUAUAAAGGAAUUGAAACAACCACAUAUAGAGAAAAGAUAGGAGAGGAAACAACUCCAAAACCAUUAAUUUCUGAUACUACUGAAAAGAAAGAAGAAUCCAUGGAAACUUCUACCUAUAAAGGAAUUGAAACAACCACAUAUAGAGAAACGAUCGGAGAGGAAACAACUCCAAAACCAUUAAUUUCUGAUACUACCGCAAUGAAAGAAGAAUCUAUGGAAACUUCUACAUAUAAGGGAAUUGAAACAACCACAUAUAGAGAAACGGUAGGAGAGGAAACAACUCCAAAACCAUUAAUUUCUGAUACCACUGCAAAGAAAGAAGAAUCUAUGGAAACUUCUACAUAUAAAGGAAUUGAAACAACCACAUAUAAAGAAAUGGUAGGAGAGGAAACAACCCAAAAACCAUUAAUUUCUGAUACUACUGCAAUGAAAGAAGAAUCUAUGGAAACUUCUACCUAUAAAGGAAUUGAAACAACCACAUAUAGAGAAACGGUAGGAGAGGAAACAACUCCAAAACCAUUAAUUUCUGAUACUACCGCAAUGAAAGAAGAAUCUAUGGAAACUUCUACAUAUAAGGGAAUUGAAACAACCUCAUAUAGAGAAACGGUAGGAGAGGAAACAACUCCAAAACCAUUAAUUUAUGAUACUACCGCAAUGAAAGAAGAAUCUAUGGAAACUUCUACAUAUAAAGGAAUUGAAACCACCACAUAUAGAGAAACGGUAGGAAAGGAAACAACUUCAAAACCAUUAACUUCUGAUACUACUGCAAUGAAAGAAGAAUCUAUGGAAACUUCUACCUAUAAAGGAAUUGAAACAACCACAUAUAAAGAAAUGGUAGGAGAGGAAACAACUCCAAAACCAUUAAUUUCUGAUACUACUGCAAUGAAAGAAGAAUCUAUGGAAACUUCUACCUAUAAAGGAAUUGAAACAACCACAUAUAAAGAAAUGGUAGGAGAGGAAACAACUCAAAAACCAUUAAUUUCUGAUACUACCGCAAUGAAAGAAGAAUCUAUUGAAACAACCACAUAUAGGGAAACGGUAGGAAUGGAAACAUCUUCAAAACCAUCAAUUCCUGACACUACUGCAAUGAAAGUAGAAUCUAUUGAAACAACAACAUAUGGAGAAACUGUAGGAGAGAAAACAACUCCAAAACCAUUAAUUUCUGAUACUACUGCAAUGAAAGAAGAAUCUGUGGAAACUUCUACCUAUAAAGGAAUUGAAACAACCACAUAUACAGAAAUGGUAGGAGAGAAAACAACUCCAAAACCAUCAAUUCCUGAUUCUACUGCAAAGACAGAAGAAUCUGUUGAAACAACAACAUAUAGAAAAACGGUGGGAGAGGAAACAACUCCAAGACCAUUAAUUUCUGAUACUACUGUAAUUAAAGAAGAAUCUAUGGAAACUUCUACCUAUAAAGGAAUUGAAACAACCACAUAUAGAGAAACGGUAGGAGACCAAACAACAAAAGGAAUUGAAACAACCACAUAUAUUGAAACUGUAGGAGAGGAAACAACUCCAAAACAAUUAAUUUCUGAUACUACUGCAAUGAAAGAAAAGUCUAUGGAAACUUCUACCUAUAAAGGAAUUGAAACAACCACAUAUAGAGAACCGGUAGGAGAUAUGGACACUUCAACCUAUGAAGGAAUUGAAACAACCUCAUAUAGAGAAAGGGUAGGCGAGGAAACAACUCCAAGUACAUUUUCAAUUGCUACAACUACGCAAAAAGAAGCUGUAACAAGUAGGCAGACAGUAGAACCAGAAACUACUACAUCGAAACUUCUUGAAACUACUACUGCAAAAUUAAGCACACCCAAAGAACUGGAGGAUGAAACUACAAUGCGUAUGGAAUCUGUGGAAACUUCAACCUUUAAAGAAGGAAUUGAAAAAACCACAGCAAUGCCAAUCACAACUCCAAUAAAAAUUGAAAUAGAUAAAAUCACCACAAUUAAAAUGUUAGAAGAAGCGACCACUAUGAAAUAUGGAACAACGCUCGUAACUCCUGAAGAAACGGAAAUAACAACUCCAAUUGUGGGUGCGGAUACAGCUGCUACCACACCAAAAUUCGUUGCAACUGAUGAAAGUACCCUUAAAUAUGCAACAUCAAAAGAAGUCGAAACUUCAACUUAUGAAGAAGGUCAAUUGACGACUUCAAGAUUUAUGGAAACUGAUCAAUUUACCACCACACCAAGAAGUUUAGAAAAAGAAAUUACCACAAUAGGAAAAGAAGUAUCACUCGAAACUACUACCAGUGUUAAGGAACUUCAGAUACCCGAAAUAGAAAUGAGUACUUCGAAAACUUACGAAGCGAAAGACUUAACUACAAUAAAAGUAGUUGAAGAAGGAACUGUGACAACAACCCCAAAGCCAAUUGAGUUGAUGACUCCUGGUAUAGCACAAGUGGAAACUACAACUUUGAAAAUGUUUGUAAGUGAAGGAGCUACAACACCUGCAGCACUUGAAACAACAACGUUAAAAACAAAAUUGGAUGAAACUACAGAAUAUGAAAUUACCUCACCGAAAUUAGAGGAAACUACAUUAAAAUCUACGACUCUUGCCAAGAAAGAAAUGGAAACGACAACUACAUUGAAACAACUUACCACCAUUGGUCAAGAAGUAGAAGAAACCUCUACAUUUAAACAAAUGGAAAGCACUACAGCUCCGACUAUGUUAAUAGAAGAAACAACCCUUUUUGGUAAAGAAUCCACCACUAAGGAAGAAGGAAUUGAAACCACUACGAAAAUUUCUGAUACUGUAGAAACUUCAACUUAUAGAGAAAUUGAAACUACAUUGGCAGGAGAAACAACCACUUUAGCAAAAGCACAACCUGAAGAAAUAACCACUUCUAAAGGAACUGAAACCACAACAACUGCAGAGAAGGUUUAUGAAACUACUACUUCCAAAAUUUACCCAACUGAAGAGCCAACAACAUUUGAAGGUGUGAAAGACAUUCAAACAACUACUGUAGAAAUACCAACAAGUCCUUUUGCUAUAGGUAAGACUACAUUAGAAUUGGAACGUCCGACUACGACUACAAAAUACGUUGUCACCUAUGAAACAGAAGCUACCACUUCCAGAGAAUUAGAAACAACAAUUGAAGUGGUUACCAAAGAGAGUAAAAUUGAAGAUGAAUUUACUACAACUAAAUCUGUUAAACAAACGACUGGGUAUAUCUACGAAAUUCCAAGUAAAUUGACCACACCUAAUGAUUUAGACAAGGAGACUACCCUAAAAUCAAUAGAAACAACAACAGGUAAAAUUGAAAUGGAAACCAAAACUACAAGCGAUGAGGAAGGCUUAAUUACUACUGCUAAAGAACUGGAAUUUGAAACCACAACUCCAAAACUCACUACUGAAAUUUUGUUGGAAACAACUAGUAGCAAAGCAGUUGAAGGUACUACAGUAGAAAUACCUCAAGAUUCAAUAGAAACUACACUCCAAGAUAUUUCAGACUCCACUACUAGGGUAAGUGAUGUUGAAAAAAUCACUGUUACAGAAAUAGAGGCCACAACACUUGGUAGGAAAGAAAUAACUGAUACCACUGCAAAAAUACCCGUAGAAAUAACUACAUUGAAAGCAGAAGAAACCACAAUAUCAGGAGCAGAAACUACAAUUGGUACAAGCGCUGAGUUUGCAACUACUUCUAAAAUAACUUCAACACAAAUUCCUGUCGAAGAAACUACUGAAAGUGGUAUAAAAACAUCUUUAGUAAGCAGAGAUAUGACAGAGAGCACUAUCGGUAUAACUACCGAAUUUGCAACAACAAUUACCAUUCCAAAGACAGAAGUUGAAACAACAACCGAAGGACUUAUUAAGAAAACAACUUUACCGGAAACAACAAUUCCUGAAGGUAAAGAAACUCUUUCUUCUGAUGUUUCUACAACGAGAGAAGUUGAAGUUACAACAUCUGCAACUUUACCUGGUAAGACCACUUUAAAAGUAGAAGCUGGAGUCGAAUCUACUACACCAGAUUAUAUAAAAGCCACUACUACAAAGGAAUUUGAAACUACUACAUCUGGAGAAAAAGAAUUCGAGAAAACUACGGAAACAAAACCUACAACUGAAAGCUCAGCAAUGAAAACUACUGCUAAAGAAGGUGAAACAAAAACUUCUGCCGAAAUGGAAACAGUAACAAUGUCUGAAACUACAACAGAAGUGUAUACAAAGGAAACUACCCUAAAGGGAGUGGAAACAACAACAAUUAGAAAAGAAACUACAGAAAGUUCCUUAAAAGAAACUACCUUUAAAGAUACAGACAUUAAAAGUUCAACAACUGAAGGUUUAGUAGAAGAAACCACUUCCAAAGAAUUUAAAACUACAACAUUUGAAGAAGUAUAUGGUAAAACCACACUUGGUACUGAAACGGAAACUUCCACAAAAGGUUAUGCUCAAGAAACCACAUUAAAGGAAUUUGAAACAACAACAUAUGAAAAGGAAAUAUCGACGGGCGAUAAAACUACCUUAGGUAUCGAAAUCAUAACUUCAACUCAAGGAUUUACAAAAGAAUUUGAAGAUACAACAAUUUCAGCUAAGGAAGGAACAACUGAAAAGGAAUUUGAAAAAACUACUAAAUCGACAGGCGAAGAAACAACUGAAAGGGAAAUUGAAGCUACUUCAAAAUCCACAUUGAAAGAUAAGGAGACUACAAUUAGUGGAAUAACAGAUAAAACAGAAGAAAUCUCAACUACGUAUUAUACACCAAAAACAGAAACGUUAGAAACUUCUACUACCAUAUUUGGAAAGACAACUGGUAUUCCUUAUGUCACAAGUGGUUUACCUUCUACAAUCCAACCAGAAGCCAUAGAUACAACUACUUCCACAGCAACGCGACAAAAACCAACUACAUUGGUUUCAACUCUCGAAUCUGAACAAACAACUGAAAGUUCCACUAUAGGCUCUGAUGGUGAAACGAGUUCAAUUCCACUUGAAACAACGACCAUAAAGUCAGAGGAUUACGAAACUAGUUCCGAAAUUUCUAAAUCAACAAUUGUUCCCUUAGAAACAGUUACCGAGUAUUUAGAAACAACAACUGUAGUACCAGGAAUUGCAAAAGAAUCCUCCACAAUAACUACAGACUAUCCUACCACCACUGUUUCAUCUAAAGAAUCAAGCGAAACUGCAAUUAUUACUGAGGAACAGAAAACUACUCCUUCUUUCCAAGACUAUACAAAAGGAACUUCAGUCAUUACAGAGUAUCAAACUACCGCAGCUACUACUAAAGAGCUGGCAACAGGUUCUGUUGCAACUCAAAAUAUAGCAGAUACCACAGAAUUUUUGUCCAAAAUGACUCCCUACACAGAAACUGCCGAAAUCACUACCAUGCCAUCAAAAGAAUCCACUAUUCAAUAUGGUAAAACUACUGGUAUUCCGUAUAUAACAGUUACUUCCAUACCUGCUAUUAUGGCAACUACAACAGAAAGUAUUGAAAAGGAAACAACCCCAGAACCAAAAUUGGCAACAUCUAGUGAAUCUGUAAUGGAAAUGAAACCCAAAAAACCGGGACCAGCUUACACCUACUUACCACCAAAGAUACCUUUUGAAUAUUCCACAUUUAAACCAAUUGAUCGAAUUGAUGAAGAAAUUACCAUGGUUGCACAGGUGGAAAUAACUACACAAAGCAGUGCAUCUAAAAUACCAACCAUUAGUACAGAAUCAAUAAAGGACAGUGAUAAGACUACUCCAUCAACAAAACCUUAUACUAUUUCACCCACACAGGGUAUAGAAACCACUACAGAAUCCCUGAUUGGCAAAGAAACAACGACACAAUCGCAAUACUUGAAGCCUGAAACUCUAGAAACAACCAAAUCUAGCUCAACAACAUAUGAAUCGUCAACUUUGUCAACGGACUCAGAAGCAUCUAGUCCAUAUGAAAUAACUAAGACAACAGAAGCUUUUACGGAAAAAGAUUUGGAAGCAGGUGUUACAACAGCAAAACCAAAAGAGUUUGAAACUACAACAGUAACUGAAAAGGUAACUGUCCAAACAACAACUGCAACCAAAGAAAUUGGCACAACUUCUGAAAUAUUAGCAACUACUUCUUCAGAAUUAGAAAUGCCUACCACUAAAGCCUCUACAGAGCCCACAAUUAAACCCCUAGAUACAACAAUACCAACAACCGAAACAGCCUCGGACUCCCAAUAUGAAACGUCAACUAAAUCAUUUAAAACUGAAACAUCUGUAACUGAAAAACCAGCUGUAGAACCAUUUGACACAUCGGAGGCUUAUGAUGCAUCGACCAGUAGGAUUUCAACAGUAGAAUAUGAAACUAAAGCAACAACACAAAUAACAGAAUCUACUGACGAACAAAAACUUAAAACCGAAUAUACCACAACCGUACUUCCUGAUGAAGCUACCGGAGCUACUACUCCAUCUUUUAUAAUGACAAUACCAACGGUAAAAGUUACUACUUCUGACCUAGAGGCCACAACUAAAACAGAAACUUCUGUUUCAACAGAAGCUGCAGAAACCAAAACCACAACCGAAAUUUCUUCGGUAAUAGAAAAAUCUACACAGGUAACAUUAGAAGACCUCUCAACAGGUAAGACAACUAAAACUUAUGAAGAGGAGACCGAAAUUACUAGUCAAAAACAAGAAACAACUACUUCAGUGCCUAUAAUAAUGGAAACUGAAACUUCUACAGAGACUUCUGAAUUGACAACCACCAUUUAUAAAGAUACGGUUCAAACAAAACCACAAAUUUCCGAAGUAACUGAAACUAUGGAAAUUGAAUAUACAACAAAGUCUUCGGAAGAUCAAACCACCGAAAAAGCACAGCAAUCAACAGUGACAUUCGAAAGCACUGACUAUACAACUUCGGAAAUCUCAAGAACUUCGGAAUCAAUGGAAACUACUUCGGAAAGCAAAUUGCCUACAACCGCUUCACCAGUCAUUGCCGAAAUAACUGAAACAAUGAUAGGUGAUUUUACAAAAAUACCCACAGAAGUUGAUUUGACUACUACAUAUGGAGAUCAGAAAGAAGGAGAACUAACCACCGAAAAAGCAAAGGAAGCCACAGUGUCACAUGAAGGAGAGGAAGGAAGUACUACAACUGAAUUCAUAACUACCUCAGAUCAGGAUAAAACAAGAACUACACUUAAGGAAGCUACCACGAGUCUUAGUACUGAAACAGUAAAGACAACAACAGAAGGUAUUUCUUAUGAAACGACAACAGUUGUCGAUAAAACCCCUGAAAAGGUUUCACAAAUUCCCACAACAGAUAUCGGUGUAACCACAAGUAUCCCCACUGAGAUUUAUCAAGAAACAACAACCGUCUAUGGUAAAUCUACUGGUAUACCAUAUAUAACGACCACUCCUUUGACUAUCGUAAUGGAGGAAACGACAUUGUCGGGAGAAAUUACUAUGGCUACAUCGCCAAAAUCUACAGAGAAAUUCGAAACAACCUCUGAACUGGGCGAUACUGUCACUGAAGAGUUUGCAUCCAGUGAAGCGUCAAGUAGUGAGAUGACUACCACAAAAGUGGAUUUGGCUACUACUACAAAACAGGUUGAAACUACAGCUGAAAUAGGCGGUACUAUGACAGGAGCGCCAGGUAUUGAUGUAACAACCGAAAAAGAAUUGUUCACCACAAAACAGGGAGUUGAACAAUUUGAAACUACAACAAGUGUAAAUGAAAUUGGCACAACAGAAUUUGUUGAUUUGACCACCCAACAACAAGGUUCAACAGAAAUAUUAACCACAAAGAAGGAUGAGGAUAAAUAUGAAUAUACCACCACAAAGGAAGUUGGUACAUUUGAACCAAGUCAAACAACAACUAUUGCAACUCCUGAAUCAACUGGUACAGUACCAACCGCAAUAACAAUUACAGGAGAGCCAGGUGUUGAUGUAACAACCGAAAAAGAAUUUUUCACCACAAAGCAGGGAGUUGAACAAUUUGAAACUACAACAAGUGCAAAAGAAUUUGGCACAACAGAAUUUGUUGAGUUGACCACCCAACAAGAAGGUUCAACUGAAACAUUAACCACAAAGAAGGAUGAAGAUAAAUACAAAUCUACCACUCCAAAGGAAGUUGGUACAUUCGAACCAAGUCAAACAACAACUAUUGCAACUCCUGAAUCAACUGGUACAACAUCAGGUGUUAAAGAAAAAACUGAAAUUACCACCGAAAUUAGCGAGUUUUCAACUGAGACUCCAACUACAACGGAAUUAUAUGAAGUGGCUAAAGAAACAACUCAAUCCGCCAGCACUAGUGGAACUACUCAAUUUUCAGAGCCAACAACAACAACAUCUCCUCUGGAAAGUAAAACCGACAAGACUUUUGAAGAAACGGACAAACCACUAAUUGAAAAACCUUCAACUAGUAUAACAUCCAUAGAAGCUAGUACAGUGCCUAUACAGAGUUUAACAGAGGGUAAAGAUAAAUCAUUUACUAGCACCGACAUGACAACAGAAAUUCCCCAAACAGUAGUAACGAAACUUAUGGAAACCUCUACGGAUGGUGAAAAAGAAAGUGUAACGGAAACUACCAGUACUUUAGCUGCAAGUUCACAAUUACCUAAAGAAUCUCCAACUGUUGAAUCAACCACAUAUGCUUCGACUAUGGGCGAAACUGCUCAAACCAUUACUCCCAAAAUGGCAGUAAGCACACAAUACGAUAUUUCUACUGAAACUCCUCCAAUUGUCGUUGGCACUACAAAGCCGGGCGAACACGAAACUACUACCCAAAGUGCUGAGGCAACAACAACAAGCAAUGAUACUGGUAUUGAAACUGAAACCAUAUCUGAAUUGGAAACAUCUACUGUUGUCGAUAGGACAAACACACUAUCCACGACUGAAGCUGAAAUAAAGCCUAUAACGGAAUUCGAUAAAACUACACUAACAACAGAAUCAAUCUUAUCAUUCACAACUACAACACAGAAAACAGAAGUUACCUUACCUUCAGAGACACAAAUGCCAACAACAGAGUCCUCAGAAUUCUUACCAAGUACAGACAUUAUUGGAACAACAACUACUAGAAAAGCGCCUGUUACAGAAAUACUAAAGGAAACAACGGAAAUGCCAACUACAAUUUUAAGUACAGAGGAAACCACAACUCCAUCCUAUAUUUCAAUGCCUGAAACAGUUCUUAUGGAUAAAACUACACCAAGCUCUUUACCAGAGGAAACUACACUCAAAGGUGAAAUUGAACCUAAAGUUUCGGUCACAUUGCUUCCAAAAGACACCACUGAAUUACCAACAUCAACCGAGGAAACUAAAAUUGGUACCACUCCAUCUCAAAAAGAAAUUACUGAGAUGCCAACAAAAACUACUCAAGUAGCUGGUGAAACUACAACUACUCAGAUACUUUCAAAGGAUACUACCACCAUUACCAGUGAGCCAUCAGAAGAAACUACUUUAAUAUCUGAUACAGUUUCCGAAAUGCCGAUUACUACACCUUCGAGGGAAGUAAUCGAAACUACUGCAACUCAGGAAACAAUUGGUGAAACUCGUGGCACAAUUUCUCCAGAACAAAUUACAGAGAUACCAACUAUAACUGGUGUUCUUCCAGAGCAAACUACAGUAGAAACAUUGGAUGAAACUAAGGAAACCACUUUAACCCCUGAAACAACCGUUGCACCUUCAGGAGAUAGUACUGAAUUCACAACAUCCAAAUCUGAGGGAAAAGAAGCAACCGAAUUACCAACUAUAAUUACAAUUACGCCAUCAGAUGAAACUACUUUAAUUGUGCCAUCCGAAAAAACUACUGCAAUGCCUGAAACAGCCUCAAUUAUUCCAGGAAAGGAAAUAACUGAAAUGCCAACCACAACUGCAAGCUCAUUAGAAGAACAAACAACAAAAUCCUCAGUUCCUAUUACAAUGCUGCCAAAAGAAUCCACUGAAAUACCUACAACACCUGUAUUGCCAUUAGAAGAAACACCUGAGUUCUUUACAACAAAAUCUGCAGAAAAGGAACCUACAGAAAUACCAACUACAGUUACUAGUAUGCCAUCAGUUGAAACUACUUCAUCAUAUGAAAUACCAACUACAAUUGUAGCAUCCGAAAAAACCACUGCAAUACCUGAUACAGCCUCAACUGUUCCUGUUACAAUAUUGCCAAAGGAAGUAACGGAAAUACCAACGACAACUGUUAGGUCAUUAGAGGAACAAACAACACAAUCCGAAAUACCUAUUACAAUGCUUCCAAAGGAAUCUACUGAAAUUCCUACAACAACUGUUGAACCAUUAACAGAAACAACUGAGUCAUUUACUACAAAAUCCGAAGGAAAGGAAACUACAGAAAUACCGACUACAGUUACUAGUAUGCCAUCUGUUGCAACAACUUCAACAUAUGAAUUACGCACUACAAUUGUAGCAUCCGAAAAAACUACGGCAAUAACUGAAACAUCCUCAAUUAUUCCAGUUACAACACUGCCAAAGGAAGUAGCGGAAAUACCAACUACAACUAUUAGUUCAUUAGAAGAACAAACAACACAAUCCAGAAUACCUAUUACAAUGCUUCCAAAGGAAUCUACUGAAAUUCCUACAUCAACUGUUGUACCAUUAACAGAAACAACUGUGUCAUUUACUACAAAAUCCAAAGGAAAUGAAACUACAGAAAUACCGACUACAGUUACUAGUAUGCCAUCAGUUGCAACUACUUUAACAGAUGUAAUACCCACUACAAUUGUAGCAUCCGAAAAAACUACAAUAAUACCUGAAACAUCCUCAAUUAUUCCAGUUACAACACUGCCAAAGGAAGUAUCGGAAAUACCAACUACAACUGUCAGUUCAUUAGAAGAACAAACAACAAAAUCCGAAAUACCUAUUACAAUGCUUCCAAAGGAAUCUACUGAAAUUCCUACGACAACUGUUGUACCAUUAGCAGAAACAACUGAGUUCCUUACAACAAAUUAUCAAGAAAAGGCAACAUCCAAAAUACCUACUGCAGUUGAAAGUACCUUAAUUCCUGAAACAGCUACUGAAACACAAACUACAACUCUACCAAAGCAAGUAACCGAAAUACUAACUACAACUGAAACGCCAUUACAGGAAACUUCAAUAUAUAAGGAUGAAGAAACUACAGUAUCAAGUAAAACUGAUUUGCCAUCAGAAAUGCGAACUACAACUGUUAAACCUUUACAGGAAACUACAAGUAAAAUGUUUACGGAAAUAACUGAAAUAGAAUCUAAAACAACAAGCAUGUCAUCAUUCCCUACAACAAAUACCCCAGCAGAUACUACAAUUAGAAGUAGAACCGAUUUGCCAUCGGAUUAUUCUACCGACUCCUCUGAUACAUUAACUCCAACAACUGAAACUUCUAUGCUUACAGAAAUAAUCAGCGAAGUAUCUACCACAACAAGUGAAAGUAUUGAAACAACAGCAUAUGCUGAACCACUAACAACUCCACCUUCGACUAAAUUUACUACUCCAACAGUUAGUCCAACGAAAGAUACUACCGAAUUGCCUACUACUACCGUUAAUGAAUCUCUUACAACUGAACCAGACAUGGUGGCUAAAUUCCCUACCACAAUGAUACCCAAGGAAACAACAGAAAACUAUACAAUUUCCAUCGAACAAGAUGGACAAAUCUUUACCAAAAUACCAAUUGAUAUGCUAACAAAGGCAACAACUGAGUUACCACAAACAGUAGUAUUCACCACUGAAUAUGAAACUUCUGACAAACAGGAUAUGGUUACGUUAGCAUCUACAACGAAAUACAAUGAAACCACUGUGACUCUUCCCACCACCCAAGCCUCCAUCACCGAAACGAUUAAACAAUUUAAUCUAACAACCUUAACUACCUUGAAACCUUAUUACACUACACUGGUUUAUCCACAAACAUUUGAACCAAACAAUUUUACUACCGCCAGUACACUGCCCUCGAAUAAAACCGAAGUAUGUUGCAUUACGGACUUUGACUGUGACGACGACGAGACAUGCAUCGGACGACGCUGUGCUAGACCUUGUGACUAUUAUCGAAAUGUUUGUGAACAAUAUAAACCAAAAUAUCAAUACUGUCAUACCCUUUAUCACACAACAAUGUGCUUCUGUUCCCAAGCUGAUCUACUGUUCCCAACUACCACCGAUUGUCGUAUAAUAGCAGGUAACUGA